CAAUCGUUGAUCGAUAACGGGGUGCGAUAGCUAUCGAGAGGCCCAUCUCCAACGUACUCAUACCUAAAAUAAAAAGGCUGGAGGAAUAUUUCUUUCCCGACUUCUAAUUUUACGUAAACCAUGUCGAACUAUAUUGCCAGAAAGGGACCCGCAGUUCUCUCAAAUCUGGGCAGAUGGGCCUACAAUCUCUCCGGAUUCAACCAAUACGGUCUGCAUCGCGAUGAUUGUCUGUAUGAGAACGAGGAUGUGAAGGAGGCCGUCCGUCGAUUGCCCAGGAAGCUGUACGAUGAGCGCAACUACCGCAUCAUGAGGGCCCUCCACCUGUCCAUGACCAAGACCAUUCUGCCCAAGGAGCAGUGGACCAAGUACGAGGAGGACGUCAAGUAUCUGGAACCCUACCUCAAGGAGGUCGUGAAGGAGCGCGAGGAGCGUGAGGACUGGGAAAAGAUCCACUAAACGCGCCACUAAAUCCCUCUACUUUGGACUUGUAAAUGUUGAAAUACAUAGCUUAGAUAAAUACCAAAAUUGGCUAUGAAA